AUGGAAGAAACUCAAAGAAUUCAGCGCUCACAAAAGGGACACAGAGUUCAUUUGACAAAGGUUUUAAACAAGGCUACAACAAUUAUGGAGAAUGACGAAGCCCCAAACGCCAUGCAGAUUGCUUCGCUCACCGCUACUAUUGAACAACUCGCAAGGAAAAGAACCGUAUUGAACGAACUGAACGAAAAACUCUUAGCUAUGGUCGAAGAUCCCGACGGACUCGAACAAGAAAUCAUGGAAGCAGAGGAUAUUGAAUGUGAAAUCAACGAGAAAAGUGCUCAGAUAAGUGCCUUUGUUUUGUCUUGUAAUACUGUUAAGAAUCCAGUAAUCUCACAAGUUAAUGCACCCCAAGUUAUUACAUCUCCACUACAAGUUAAUGCACCCCAAGUUAUUACAUCUCCACUACAAGUUAAUGCACCCCAAGUUAUUACAUCUCCACAACAAGUUAGUGCACCCCAAGUUAUCACACCUCCACAACAAGAUAAUUCACCACAAACCAUUCCAUCUCAACAAGUCAGUGAAUCACAACCCACUACAUCCUCAACACUCGAAGUAAAUCCAUUGCAAACCCCACCAUUAAACCAAGAACAAUCAGCCACUGUUAACGAAUCCGAAGGUGUUAGUUCAAUGAAUACUAGCACUAAUACUG